AUGAGGAAAACUUUUGCAGCUCGACUCUGGACGCGCCAUUUCUCGUUUUUCUUUCCUUCAUCAACACGUUUUACCUCUUCUUCCUCUUCAUAUUCGCAUUGGUCCUUUCCGGCCCCCAUACACACAUACAAGAUGUCUGAAAUUACUCACCCUACCAUCAAGGAUGGCUGGUUCCGCGAAAUCUCCAACAUGUGGCCCGGCCAGGCCAUGACCCUCAAGGUCGAGAAGGUGCUGCACCACGAAAAGUCCAAGUACCAGGACGUGCUCGUCUUCAAGUCGACCGACUACGGCCACGUCCUCGUCCUCGACAACGUCAUCCAGUGCACCGAGCGCGACGAGUUCUCCUACCAGGAGAUGAUCACCCACCUCGCCAUGAACUCGCACCCCAACCCCAAGAAGGUGCUCGUCAUUGGCGGCGGCGACGGCGGCGUCCUGCGCGAGGUCGUCAAGCACGACUGCGUCGAGGAGGCCAUUCUCUGCGACAUUGACGAGGCCGUCCCCCGUGUCUCCAAGGAGUUCCUCCCCGAGAUGGCCGCUGGCCUCACUCACGCCAAGAGCACCGUCCACAUCGGCGACGGCUUCAAGUUCCUCAACGACUACAAGAACAGCUUCGACGUCAUCAUCACCGACUCCUCCGACCCCGAGGGCCCCGCCGAGAGCCUCUUCCAGAAGCCCUACUUCCAGCUCCUCCACGACGCCCUCCGCGAGGGCGGCGUCAUCACUACCCAAGCUGAGAACCAGUGGCUUCACCUCGCCCUCAUCACCAAGCUCAAGCAGGACUGCAAGGAGAUCUUCCCCGUCGUCGAGUACGCCUACACCACCAUCCCCACCUACCCCUCGGGCCAGAUUGGCUUCAUGGUCUGCUCCAAGGACGCCAACCGCGACGUCAAGGUGCCCGUCCGCUCCUGGACCGCUGCCGAGGAGGACGCCAAGUGCCGCUACUACAACGCCGAGAUUCACAAGGCCAGCUUUGUCCUGCCCAACUUUGCCAAGAAGGCCCUGCAAUAG